GUGCUGCCGGUUGCGUGUGCACGGCUGCUCCCGGUGCAUUGUGGGAGUCGUAGUGACGCUGUGUGCCUGCAGACACCUGCUGGAGCUGCUGAGGCGCUCGGCCGUCCACGGGGAGAGCAACUCGGUGCUGAUCGUCGGCCCGCGAGGAGCCGGGAAGACGAUGCUGCUGCAGAAAGUCCUCAGAGAGCUGCUGCAGGACAAAGAGGCGCAGAAGAACCUGCUGCAGGUUCACCUCAAUGGUACGACGCCACCGCCACCGCUAGUCAUCACUCUCACACAUCUGGGAAAAGUUUACACACAUUUUGAUGAUGUCAGAGCCUCAAAAUUGUUUGGAUCUGCUACAGACAAUUUUAGCUUUGUGACUGAGCCUGAGGCCCUGAAGCUGAACUUGAGCUUUAAUGCAGGAGAUCGCAGCAGCAGCCGCCCGGUUCUGUUCGUCCUGGACGAGUUCGACCUGUUCGCCCACCACAAGAACCAGACGCUGCUCUACAACCUGCUGGACGUCUCCCAGUCGGCCCAGACGCCCGUCGCUGUGGUCGGCGUCACCUGCAGGCUGGACGUUCUGGAGCUGCUGGAGAAGCGGGUCAAGUCUCGGUUCUCCCACCGUCAGAUCCACCUGCUGAACAGCUUCAGCUUCUCUCGGUACCUGCAGAUGGUCCAAACCCAGCUCAGCCUGCCGGAGGACUUCGCCGACCGCCGGUUCGCUGAGGACUGGAACGCCAGCAUUCAGUUUAUCGUCCCAUCUUUAGAGUUUAAGAAGUUUCUGCAGAGGAAGUCCAACUCCAUGUACAACUUUGAGCAGCCGGUCAUCAUGAAGGCCUUCGAGCAUCUGCAGCAGCUGGAGCUGAUCCGGCCCGUCGACGGAUCCUCGGCCAAAACUCAGAGGGAGUUCCAGCUGAUGAGGCUGAUGCUGGACCACACGCAGAUCAUGGAGGCCCUGCAGAAGUACCCACAAUGCCCCACGGACGUCAAGCAGUGGGCCAUGUCGGCGUUCGGCUGACGAGUUUCUGCACCGGGACUCUUGUUAAUAAUGUGAACUUACACCUCAGAGUUUGGAGAUUCACACGAGAGACGCUGGUUUGGUUUCUGGUUUUUCUCCUCGCUGCAGAUUCUGGACUGAAUCUCCUUUAAGACCGAAACAAACUGGAGGUCGGCGCCGAGGAAAAGCUUCACUGAGCGACAAACGUGGACGUUUAAGGUUUCACAGCUGAAUAAAAUGAAAAAAUAAAUCAUGA